CAGAAAUGAAGAGCCAUUCAUAAGCACCUUAAAUGUGCUUUCAGGCUGUCACAGGACCUAGAGAGAGCUCUAACUGAGUUCCUCUAUGCAGAUAUUUGGGGCAAGCUGAUAGUUCUCUCAGUGUCCAGAAGCUUUGCUCACUGUGUCUCCAAUUCCUACAGAGCUGCAGUGGCCAGUGUAGAGGUUAUGUGCAGGGAUGGCGGGCAGUUUGCUUAGCAGAUGUUACUGCCUUUCUCCAGGGGAUUGGGAGAGGGCGAGAAUCUGGUAUUCCACGUCAAGUGGAUCCAAGGCCUGUGAUACUGAAUAGCAGGUUCUCUAUUGACUGGAGUGGGUUAAGACCGGGCCUUUCACAUCACUUUAUUAUCCUAUUGGAGAUCCAACCUGGCAAAAAUAGAUCCUGUGCUUUUAUGUCCUGGCAGCUGGUGCCAGGAUCAAGUUCUGCCAUGUAACAGUCCUUGUCUUGCACUUGCUGCCAUGUCCUGAGCAGUGUGAGCAGUUAGCUUUACACCUGGGCAUAGCUAAAGGGGCAGGGAAUGGGCAUACCAUGUUUGUGGGCACUGUGGGGAACACACCUAUGGUGUGUUUUCCUCCUCACACCAACAAAAUUAAUGGGACUGAGAAGCAUGGCAUGUCCCAGACAGGGAGGGGCCCUGCACAGCUGGGAGAGGCACGCAUAGAGAGCAACAUUUUCCAAGAUGUGCACCUAGAUCAACCUGGCUUGUGAUGCUGCCCUGCCUGAUGCACCCAUCUCAAUGUGGUCUAUGGAAGCCCCUUGGCAGGGAAAGGGUUAAAGCUGAAAGGCAUGACAUGGAGAGCCUGCUGUGCGUAAGGACUGUGGCUUGUAUUAUUCAUCUGCCAGUCUCCACCCCAAAGUUGGAUUAUUUAAGCAGAGGAAGGCAGGCAGGGAAGAGGGAGCCAGAGACGAACACAAAGGGGCAGGAGUAACUGGAGCACUUGGGAAGCAGGGGCACUCGCCAGCUCUCCCCCUGUGCUGUGGGCACAGUAGCAUUGGGCAGCUCCCCGGUGUGGGAGCCAUGUCAGCAGUGCCAGCGAGCAGGCUCCUGCAGAUGGGGGUGCUGGGCUACUUGCUCCUCUUCUCCUUCAUCUCCUUCACCUCCUCGGUCCGGGUGGACUUCACCGAGCACUGGAAUAAAGCUGCCAAGAUCAAAGUCAACCCCAGGGGCAACCUCUGGGCAACAGGCCACUUCAUGGGAAAGAAGAGUAUCUCAGGCCCUUCACACCUGGAGUCUCCAGAGGAUGCUGCCAUAAGCUCUGUCCCAAUGGCCUUCAGUCCAUCCCUCCGAGCCAUCCUGGAGGACAUGAAGGAGCUGCUUACCAGGGAACUCCUGAAAAUCCUCUUGCAAGAGAGAUUAUUAGAUGAGAACCAAGGAAAGCAUGAUCUUGCUGACCAGUGGGGACACACUAGCCUGUGGCAACUAAAGAAGAAAAAUCCCUCUGAGGUAUUGGCAGCCCCUGCCAGAGGUCUGUCUCCAUCAGUGACAGCGCUGAGGUGUCACAUCACAGAGGAGGAACGAAGGGGCCCCUCAUACAUCUGUGGCACUAGGAUUCUGCAUGUGGGUUGUCAGUCUCCUACCCCAGACACACAGAAAGCAGGACAAUUUGGAUGAACUGGUGAGGUGAGCAGAGGAGGAAUGAGUUCAUGGCAAGUUGCUCAGCUAAGGUAAUGGGCUAAUUCAAGAAAAGUUAUUCCUGGGAGAUUUCAAAUUGCAUUCUGGGACACUAGGAGAAUUGAGGGAGAAGAGGUCAAACUCCUAUAGUUCCCUGUGCAACUCCCAUAAUUCCCUUCCAUGGUUCCUAUGGGUCUCCCCUGGUCUCUUGUCCUAACCCUCUUAUCAUGAAGGCUGGCAUGAAGGUUUGAAGGAAAGGUUUCUACUGGAGCCUGAUGAGCUAGCAAAGAUGGAAAGACAGGCAAGUAGCUCACAGAGCCCAUUGUGAAGGCUAAGUGCUGUACUUAUGCCACUUCUGGAUCGUUGACCAUGCCCACAGAUGUCUGGAGACAUGGGGCAAAUUAGUUGCAAAACUCCAGCAUGAGGAGGGAGGUGUUUGUCAUCCCACUGGACCCAGGUCACCUUGGCACUGCAGCACCAACACACACAAAGAUGUGUGUUCCUGUCAUUAUGAUGGUCACAGGCAACCUGCUGUGCAUGGGAACAUGGGUGAGCAGUGUGGGGAUAUGAAGAGCCUCAGGGGAUAAUGAUGUGCAGCUCUAACUUGUAAAUCUGAUGCAGUGGCUGGUGGGAAGCCAAAAAAGAGAUUUGACGAGAGUCAUGAUAGGACCAAAUUGGCAGUCAUAGCUGCCCUCUGUAUGGACAGAGGACAUGGGCUCAGAUACACCCUCAGCAUGGACAGUCAUCUGGGAGCUGGAGGGCAGCAUUUGUGGAGCCACAACCAGUGACGGUGGCAGUAACUGUGACCUCCACCUGCUUCAUUUCAUUGGAUCCAUAGCUGCUUGUCACCCCCAUCUCCUCCUCCAUGCCUCUCACCUGUUUUAGAUUCACACAAAAUUGCAGUGCAAACAGAGUAGAUUAUCCCAUGUUUUCCCAGA